CAAUUAGUGUAAUGAGCUGAGAAAGGCACACCGCCACCAGCAGAAACAGAGACGCUUUCCCAGCGCGUCAGCGGCCAGUCAGGUACAACAGAAGGAAACAGGACGCAGCUGCAGCCGCGCAGGUCACGGCCAAAGCCUCCCACUUCGGACAGGGAAACUUUGUUGUUGUUUUUUUUACUUCUCUUUCCUCUGCCUCCUCCACAAACGCUCGGAGCUCCAGCUCCUCCGUUUGGUCUGCUGUGAGUGGCUGAGGGAAGCGCAGCGCUGCCGGCAUGGCCGCCAUCAAGGCGCUGGAGCAGUGGUGCAAAAUGCAGUGCGAUGGUUACAGAGACGUUGCCAUCACCAACAUGACGACUUCAUUCAGGAACGGGCUGGCGUUUUGUGCGCUUAUACACAAAUACAGACCGGAUCUCAUAGACUAUGAGUCACUCAAACAAGAGGAUGUGUUUGAGAACAAUAGACUGGCUUUUCAAGUUGCUGAAGAGAAGCUGGGCAUUCCAGCUCUGUUAGACGCUGAAGACAUGGUGGCUUUAAAGAUCCCAGACAGGCUGAGCAUUCUAACUUAUGUGUCCCAGUACUACAACUACUUCAAAGGACGGCCUCCGAUGGGAGGAGUGAAAAGACCAGCAGAGGGCUCCAAAGAAGAGCCAUCGGAGAAGAAAAAUCAACCAGUGGUCGCCAAGAUCUUGGAGUCGAAAUCUGGCAACGAAAACUGCUUACCUUCCACUGCGACUGCUCGUAAAUCACCGAAGCUGGAUAGAGCUGCUGUUCAGAGGGUGGUCUUGGCCGAUAAUGCAAACAAGACCGGAACUCUCAACAGCAAAUGUGUCGCAUGCAGGAGCCACGUCCAUCUGGUUCAGAGGCACUUUGUAGAUGGAAAACUCUACCACAGAAGCUGUUUCAAGUGCAGCGAGUGCUCUUCCGUACUUCAUUCAGGAAGUUACAAACCUGGGAAGAAUCCAGGCACGUUCGUCUGUAACACCCAUCAGAACGGUUCGAACACGUACCCCUUGAACGCAGAGGCCAAAACCGGACUCCGCAAUUCAGUUGUGCCACCAACAUGUGCCGCGAAGGCUCGUCUGGCGCCACCGACUUUAUCCUCGGUGCUGUCGGCCCCUAUUAAUGUCGUACCAAAGUCCUUAAGUCCUGCUCAGCAUUCCCAGUCGUGGACAGCCUCGGCCCAGAAGACCCAGGAAGCAAGGCAGAAGUUUUUCCAGGCUGUGCCACAAGUUGCAGAAUCCUCAACAGGAAAUGGGAAGCCAGUCGUGCUCUCGGGAGAUCCAAAGGUCCCUCUGAGUUCUGCUGAUUCAAACGGAGCUAGGAGGAUGAUUGGAAAGCAACCAGGAAGUGGAAACUGCAACAAUAACAACAACCUGUUCACCAUUAGAUCGGCAGAAAAGCGGUUUUACAUUGACCCAGUUUCAAAAGACUUCCCUGGUUUGAGGAAGAGUAAAGGAAGCCAAGAGCCAGCAGGAAACUGGGAAGGACAAGCGGGUACCAGCCAAACAAACAACGAGAAAUCACAAUGUCUGAACACUAUCUGCAAGGACAACACCAGGCCAACAGCGGUACACGACACGGCCAAAGGUCCCAUCUACCAGGAGUGGCAAACUAAGCUCAGAACUGUGAAAGCUGAACAAAGAUUAAAAGACUGUCAACCGGACACCUUUACUGAGCAGUCUUCACCUUGUUGCGCACCCAGAACUCCGUGUAAUAUCUCCAAUAGUGCAACAAGGCCUCCCUUGGCUCAAACAUCAGCUUCACUCGCAGUUGACUUUAGUCUGUCUGAGCCCGUGUGCUUUAAGGAAAUCAAUCCCCGGAAACCCCUUCAAAGCUCUGAAAGCCUUGGCUUAAAACACGGUGGUCGCUCGCCUGUGAAAUCCCCACUCAGACCUCCAGGUGUGGAAUCUAGUGUUUCAACGACUGCCUUGAGUAUUGUUGAAAAUCCUUCAGCUGCUAAAAAGGGAAAGUAUUUGUCACCCACCGCCGCCUUCAGGACUGAAAUGAGGUCACCCUCUUGGAUGUGCCAUCAUCAUAUUCCAGUGGAGCAGAUUGAGAGAGAGCUGGAUGAUAUUGAGAUGAACCUGGUUCAGCUGGAAAAGGAGGGCGUUGAACUGGAGAAGCAGCUCCGCAGCUAUGAGGAAGAGGGAGAAGGAGACAUACUGAUGGAUCCACUGAUGGUUGACUGGUUCAACCUCAUUCGCAAAAAGCAGAUGUACAUUAGGAAGGAGUCGGAGCUUGUUUACCUAGCAAGGACUCAGGAGCUGGAGCAACAGCAGCCAGGAGUGGAAGAAGAACUUCGCAGGCUGCUGGAAAAGCCAGAUCACUUAAAGUCCAGAGACGAGCGACACAGGGAGAAGAAGCUGCUGCAGCAACUGAUGGAUAUUGUGGAUGGCAGAAAUGCGAUCGUGGAUGUGCUUGAUGAAGACAGGCUGAGGGAAGUGGAAGAGGACCAGCAAUUGAAUAAGAUGAUGCAAGAUCUUGGAGUGAAGAAAAGCAAAAAGAAGAGGAAUUCAUCCAUUUCGAAAAUGUUCAAACGAAGAAGUAAAAGGAGAGUUGAAUGAUUAAGGGAAUGUUUCCUUCUUAAAAAAA